AUAAAUAUAGGAAACGCCUGCGUCAGAAUUGGGAAGGUGAGAUGGCAGAUCAGAACGCAAAGGGCGAAGAGUUCGUUCAGAAGGCGGAGAAGAAGCUAUCGGGAUGGGGAAUCUUUGGAUCCAAGUACGACGACGCCGCCGAUUUGUACGAGAAGGCGUGCAAUUGCUUCAAGCUCGCCAAAAACUGGGAUAAAGCUGGGUCCGUGUAUAUUAAACUUGCUGACUGCCAUUUGAAGUUAGAAAGCAAGCAUGAAGCUGCCUCUUCUUAUGUUGAUGCAGCAAAUUGUUAUAAGAAGAUCUCAAUUCAAGAUGCAACACAGUCAUUAGACCAGGCUGUCAACAUUUUCUUGGAGAUUGGUAGACUGAACAUGGCUGCAAGAUAUUGCAAGGAGCUCGGUGAGUUAUAUGAACAAGAACAACAUCUAGAGAAGGCUAUUGAGUACUUUGAACGAGCUGCUGAUCUAUUUCAAAGUGAGGAAGUGACAACUUCUGCUAACCAAUGUAACCAAAAGGUUGCACAAUUAGCCGCUCAACUAGAACAAUAUCCAAAGGCAAUUGAAAUCUACGAAGCAAAUGCCAAACACUCGAUCAAUAAUAAUCUUCUCAAGUACAGUGUGAAGGGAAUUCUUCUUAAUGCUGGAAUAUGUCAAUUGUGCAAAGGUGAUAUUGUUGCAAUUACAAAUGCAUUAGAGAGAUAUCAGGAAAUUGAUCCGACUUUUUCAGGCACACGGGAAUACAAACUUUUAUCUGCAUUAGCGGAUUCAAUGGACGAAGGAGAUGUUGAGAAAUUUACAGAAGCACUUCAUGAGUAUGAUAGUAUGACAAGGCUGGAUACUUGGAAAACCACGCUUCUCUUACGUGUGAAGAACACCAUCAAAGCAAAGGAAGAGGAGGAAGAUGAUCUCACCUGAUUCAUUCCUGAAAGAACUAGCAUUGCCUACAUCUUCGUCUGCACUCGCACAUAUUAUAUCUUCCUCGUUUCAUUCACUUGUUCAUGGUUAUGGCAGUCUGAAGAAUUUGGUUUCAGUGUACGAGGUUAAUACGGUCAGGUCAUGUUAAAAUUUUACUCUUGAAUGUUGUGGAUCAACUACUAUUAACUCGGAAGAUGGGUAUUUCCCCACUAUUCACAUGCAUUGGUCGGUGGGAUUUCUUUGUUUA